ACUGCUCGAUUCAGUUAAUUGCAGCCCAAGGAUGUGUCUGCAUUGCUGUUCUUACUAAUCAGUGCCACCACCGUGUUUUAUUAAUAACCGUAUUCCGUGUGAUAACACCGUUUUCCCCAAAUUGUGACGCAUCCUUUAUCAGCUUGGCGGUUUUAAUUUCGAGUAAUUGACUCAUUUUGUCCAAUUUCUUUCAAUCACCAACCGAUUUAUUAAUUAUACUAAGCUCGGACGAAAUGGACGUGACUCGAAAUCCGUACGCCGAAUUCGAUGCUCUCUUGGCCGAUCUUCAAAACACCGUGUCUCCGGGUGGCGGGAGCAGCUCCGGUUACGGGUCCUUGAAUGCGUCCAGGGAUGGACGACAAUCGGGGGCUGAAAGUCCAGCCUCAAGAGUCGAUUCGUAUGGUGUUAGAUCGGGUACUUAUGGCAAGACCCAACCGACUUCUGGAGCCCGCACUCCGGGGUACGGGUACGGUUCCGGGCCCGGAGCCGGCGAGAAACGCACUUUUAAUAACAAUCUGUCCGAGCUCGAUACGCUCUUGCAGGACUUGAGCAAUUCGCGUUAUGGCAACAUUUCCGAAAAUGGAAUGAAUGGAACUUUGAACGGAAGUACUUACAACGGCUCGGGCGGCUUGAGCCCCCAUUCGCGUCCCUCGAGCGCCCAAAGUACUUUGAACAGACGCACAGUCGAUAGUCUUUUGGAGGAAUUAAAUCCCGGUGAAGUGAUUUAUGCUGGUCCGAAAAAAGUGACCAUCACUGUGAAAGAAACAAAAACCGAGACGGGUUAUCCCGGUGAAACCGAACUGAUUUCAUCCCACAUCAGCACGUCUACGGCCCCUGCAGCCUCAACGGCCACCCGAGAGCUCGACGAUUUGAUGGCGAGUCUGUCCGGCAUCAAGGUGAACCAGGGCCAGCCCCAGCACCAGACGGUCACCGACUCGCAGUACGCGCGCCCCACGAAAGCGACGCAGUCCCACAGCGCCCCCAAGCAGAACUUGGACUCUAUGCUCGGCAACCUCCAGGCGGACAUGAGCCGACAAGGGGUCAACACCAGCCAGAAGGGCUGCUGCAGCGCCUGCGACAAGCCCAUCGUCGGGCAGGUCAUCACCGCGCUGGGCAAGACCUGGCACCCGGAGCACUUCACCUGCGCCCACUGCACCCAGGAGCUGGGCACGCGGAACUUCUUCGAGCGCGACGGGAAGCCCUAUUGCGAGCCGGACUACCACAACCUUUUCAGUCCGCGCUGCGCCUACUGCAACGGGCCUAUUUUGGAUAAAUGCGUGACCGCGCUGGAAAAGACGUGGCACAUGGAACACUUCUUCUGCGCGCAAUGCGGCAAGCAGUUCGGGGAAGAAGGGUUCCAUGAGCGCGAAGGGAAGCCCUACUGUAGGGACGAUUACUUCGACAUGUUCGCCCCCAAGUGCGGGGCGUGCAAUAGGGCCAUCAUGGAGAACUACAUCUCGGCGCUGAACGCGCAAUGGCACCCCGAUUGCUUUGUGUGCAGGGACUGUCGCCAGCCGUUUAUAGGUGGCUCCUUCUUCGACCACGAAGGUCAGCCGUACUGCGAGACCCAUUACCACUUGAAACGUGGUUCGCUGUGUGCCGGUUGCCAUAAACCGAUUUCCGGCCGUUGCAUCACAGCCAUGUUUAGGAAAUUUCAUCCGGAGCAUUUCGUUUGUGCAUUUUGUCUCAAGCAGCUAAAUAAGGGCACUUUCAAGGAACAGAAUGAUAAGCCAUAUUGUCAUACGUGUUUCGAUAAACUUUUCGGCUAAUUGAAUUCUUCAUCUUCUUAAUUGUCUCUUAAGUUUCAUCAAAAACCAACUUGUAUUUAUAUCUAAAUGUUAGUUAGACUUAUGAGUCAAGUAGGUUUGCUUAAUCCAUUAAUGACUUAUUAUUACGAACAGAAAUCUUUUAAUUCCAUACUGUUUUUUCUUAUUUUUUUUUCUUUUCAGAACACGUAUGAUGCACUCGUUGUAUUUUGCAUUUCAAUAAUUAAUUACAAGUUGCCAUUUUAUUUUUUAUACUUUUAUUAAUUUUAAUCAAGGUUGUUAAUUCGUACUGUAAUUAUUUUGUAACAAAAACUAAUUUUAAAUAUAAUUAUUAUAUAUUUAACGUGUGAAAUAAAGUGGAUCAUCUAGUGA